AGCGCUGGAUAAUCCUUUUCAAGAAAAAUAGUCCCAAGGAAUUUUAGAAAUGGGCAAGACAUUAAGGAUAUGGAUGUACGGAUAAUGAAAAACAUUUCUUGCAAGGUGAGAAGACGAUAAUCUUGUGGAGUUCAAAGGCUUGAGCUUCAGUGGUUGAGUUAUUUGGAUGCAAUAGAAGUGAUUUGAUGGGUGCACAUUUAUGUUAUGGGACUAGUUUUUAUGAGAGAUUCAGGCAGUAACUGCCAAUUAAGUCUCCAUUUGUGGAUUGGGACCCAGUGGUGAGAAGGAAUCAAUGCUAUCAGGAUCUGGAGAAAUAGAACUGAAGACAAUGAAAUCAUCUGGAGAAGAUUUAGGCUGUGCUCAGAUGAAGAUGAAGAAAGGGUAGAAUGUGAUGCAUAGAUGGGCAAUGUAAAAUCUUAUGUUUCUGUAAAGUAUCCACUGCGCAUGUAUAGGAACACAUCUCCAGUAUCAGGGGCGGACCUACUAAGGAAUUGCCCCCACUGGACCCUAAAUUUUUUGACAUUAAAAAAAAGGCCCAUACAAUAGAUUAAUAGAAGCCCAUGAUUUUUAACCCAAGCCCAACAAUCUAUAAGUUUUUAACAUUGAAAUAUGGUCCAUAAUUUCCCAAACCCUAUGGACCAGUAAGAGGCAACAAGAGUGGGCGACUGUGAGACGGAGGACGGACGGUGCGAAUUGCGGUGCGAAUUGCGAUGCGAAUAGAUUGAAAUUUGAACAUUGAAGAAACAAAUUUUUGGAUAGGAAGAUAUGUUGAGAUAUUUUAAAAGGGUAUCUCAAAUAUCUACUGAAGAAAAUGUUGAGGCAAAGAAACAACGCAUUGAGGAAAUUUCUAUCGAAGAAAAUGUCGAGGCAAAGGAAGCCAGUGGUAAGGAUGCUACUGUUGGAGAAAAUGAUAAAGCAAAGGAAGCAAGUAUUGAUGACACUAAUUUUCAAGAAAAUGAUGAGGUAAAGAAAGCAAGUAUUGAGCAUAUUGAUGUUGCACAACUUCCCACGAAUCCCGGAUUAAGAACUCCAAUAUUGGAUUAUAAUGUUAAUCUUCGAGAUCAAAUAAGAAGAGCAUACUUGCAGAGAGGUCCGUGUCACCCUCGGAGUCAUGUGUUUCCACGUAAAAAAUCAAGGCGAUUCAUUCCUGCUUGGUUCAAUGAAUAUCCUGAUUGGUUAGAAUAUAGUAUAAGUAAAAAUGCUGCAUUUUGCUUAUACUGUUAUCUUUUCGGACCAAACAAUGGGGAACAAGGAGGUGGUGAUGCUUUUGUAAAAGAAGGGUUCCAUAAUUUUAAAAAGAAGGAUAGACUUGGAGUUCAUGUUGGAGAUGUCCAUAGUGCACACAAUCAAGCCCGAAGAAACUGUGAAGCCUUGAUGAAUCAAGAGCAACAUAUUGAGACAGUUUUAUUCAAGCAGUCAAAAAGAGCACGGAGUGCAUAUCGAAUUCGUUUGAAUGCAUCAAUUGAUUGUAUACGACUUCUUUUACGUCAAGGACUAGCUUUUCGUGGUCAUGAUGAGUGUGAAGAGUCAAAUAAUCAAGGUAACUUUCUUGAACAGUUGAAGUUUCUAGCUGAUCAUAAUGAAAAGAUUAAAGCUGUCACUUUGAAAAAUGCUCCAAAAAAUCACAAACUAACAUCACCAAAAAUUCAGAAGGAUAUUGUAAGUGCUGGAGCUAUUGAAACGAUUGAUGUUAUCAUCAAAGAUAUUGAUGAUACAUUAUUUUCAAUUUUAGUUGAUGAAUCUCAAGAUAUCUCAGUGAAGGAGCAAAUGUCUAUUGUUUUACGUUAUGUUGAUAAGACAGGACAUGUGGUUGAACGUUUUAUUGGAAUUGAACAUGUUUCCAGUACUACAGCUCUAUCGCUUAAAGCGGCUAUAGAUAAAUUAUUUUCAAGAUAUGGGUUGAGUAUAUCCAGAUUGCGAGGUCAAGGUUAUGAUGGGGCGAGUAAUAUGCAAGGUGAGUUCAAAGGUCUUAAAACACUUAUUUUGAAAGAGAAUCCAAGCGCCUUUUAUGUUCAUUGUUUUGCUCAUCAACUUCAAUUAGUUCUUGUAGUUAUGGCAAAGAAGCAUAAGAAAAUCCAAAAACUCUUUAAUUUGGUUUCUAGCAUGGUGAAUAUUGUUGGAGCUUCUUCUAAACGUUGUGAUAUUCUCCGAGAGAAACAAGAAGCCAUAAUUUCUGAAGCACUCAUUAAUGGUGAGAUUUCAAGUGGGCGAGGUCUUAAUCAACAAAGUACUAUUGCACGUUUUGGUGAUACACGUUGGGGAUCGCAUUAUCGUACUUUGGUUAGUUUGAUAUUGAUGUUCUCACCUAUAAUUGAUGUCAUUGAAAUGAUUUCAAUUGAUGGAUCAACCCGUGAACAAAGAUGUGAUGCUGAUAAUUUAUUGGACUCAAUGCAGUCAUUUGAGUUUGUGUUUAAUUUACACCUCAUGAGAACUAUCUUAGGAAUUUCCAAUGAAUUGUCUAUGGCAUUACAAAGAAAAGAUCAGGAUAUUGUAAAUGCCAUGAGUUUAGUGACAGUAUGCAAACAAAGACUCCAAGAAAUGAGGGACAAUGAGUGGGAUUCCUUUUUGGAUGAAGUCGUUUCUUUUUGUCAAAAGCAUAAUAUUGAUGUUCCUGAUAUGGAUAGUGUGUUUGUAUGCCCAGGUCGCUCACGGCGUAAUACUGAAGAAAUGACAAAUUUUCAUCGCUUUCGUGUGGAUUUAUUUUAUUCUGUCAUUGAUAUGCAACUUCAAGAAUUGAAUGAUCGUUUUUCUGAGGUAAGUACAGAGUUACUUCUUUGUUUAGCAUGUUUAUGCCCCGAUGAUUCAUUCUCUGCUUUUGACAAGGAUAAAUUAAUUCGUCUUGCUAAGUAUUAUCCUAAAGAUUUUUCAAAGAUACAGCUCAUGACACUUGAUGAUCAGCUUCGAAACUACAUUGUUGAUAUGCGCUCUAACAAGGAGUUCAGAGAAUUGAAGGGACUUAGUGAACUUGCAUUGAAGUUGGUUGAGACCAAAAGAAAUAAAAUGUAUCCAUUAGUUUACAUGCUUGUGACUUUAGGAUUAACUCUUCCAGUUGCUACUGCUUCAGUUGAAAGAGUAUUUUCGGCUAUGAACAUUGUGAAGAAUCGACUGCGUAAUCAAAUUGGAGACCAGUGGAUGAAUGAUAGCUUAGUUGUGUAUGUGGAAAAAGAUGUAUUUAACGAAAUCGAUAACAAGACUAUUAUACGGCGUUUUCAAAGUAUGAGAAGCCGUAAGGAACAAUUGUAAAAAAGUACUACGUUUUGAUUAUCAUCGUUAUUUCUAACUUGAAAUUCUUUUUUACGUAAUUUUUUCUCGCCCCCAUUGGAUCAUAAUCCUGGGUCCGCCCCUGUCCAGUAUUCCUAAAAUUAAAAAGAAAAGUAAAAAAUCUUGGGUAGCAAAGGUUGGUGAAGCUGUCAUUUUCUUAGGAUACAUUUAUAAAUAAAUGGUUGGAUUCAAGCUUAGUCAACUAUGCUGACAGUUCUUCUAGAGUACAGAUGAAUUGUCUCAUACGUGUGUGUGACCUUUUCGUGUUUGAUCUUGUUAAAUUUGUUUUGAAUGCAUUUUAUGAUCAAAUUUUUGCUCUCUGUGGAAUGCACAGGAUGAGGAAGCAACUUAAGCCCCCGUUUGGCCCCCAUUAUUUGAUGUUAUAAUUUUUGGAAUAAUUUUUUUUAGAGAAUAUGUAGUUGAA